CAGUGCACGGGGCUGCAGGGCUUCCUGGUGUUCCACAGCUUCGGGGCGGCACCGGCUCCGGCUUCACCUCCCUGCUCAUGGAGCGCCUCUCCGUCGACUACGGCAAGAAGUCCAAGCUGGAGUUCUCCAUCUACCCGGCCCCGCAGGUCUCCACGGCCGUGGUGGAGCCCUACAACUCCAUCCUCACCACCCACACCACGCUGGAGCACUCCGACUGCGCCUUCAUGGUGGACAACGAGGCCAUCUACGACAUCUGCCGCCGCAACCUGGACAUCGAGCGGCCCACCUACACCAACCUCAACAGGUUGAUAGGCCAGAUCGUGUCCUCCAUGGCGUGCUGCCUGCUGUACCGCGGGGACGUGGUGCCCAAGGAUGUCAACGCCGCCAUCGCCACCAUCAAGACCAAGCGCACCAUCCAGUUCGUGGACUGGUGCCCCACUGGUUUCAAGGUGGGCAUCAACUACCAGCCGCCCACGGUGGUGCCCGGGGGGGACCUGGCCAAGGUACAGCGCGCCGUGUGCAUGCUGAGCAACACGACGGCCAUCGCCGAGGCCUGGGCCCGCCUGGACCACAAGUUUGACCUGAUGUACGCCAAGCGGGCGUUCGUGCACUGGUACGUGGGCGAGGGCAUGGAGGAGGGGGAGUUCUCGGAGGCCCGGGAGGACAUGGCCGCCCUGGAGAAGGAUUACGAGGAGGUGGGGGUGGAUUCGGUGGAAGGGGAGGGAGAGGAGGAAGGGGAGGAGUACUAAACUCUCACAAGGGUGCUGCUCUUACAGGGAACAUAACCUAGUUGAAGACCCCCCGUGGGUCUGUAGCAGUGUGUGCGCCGCGGUCUGUCCUGUUCAAUGGUCUGUGCUUCAGUGGAAAAGUCUGUUACGGACCCAGCCGUCCUCUCCCGUGGGUCUGAAUAAAAAGCAUUCCCUGUCUUA